AUGGCGCUUAACGACGAGACCAGCCACUCACGGUACAAGCAAGAAGACGCAGGAGGGUCACAGAAGACGAAGACGCAGGCGUUCAAUGAAUUGGCGGCGUACUUGAACGCACACACGACGAAUACCAAUCUUCCGACGCUCACCGGAGAAAACAUGCAGCAGCGCUGGCGAACGUACAAGACGAAGAAAUUCCAGCCCACGUUGAAGAAGAGCCGCACGGAAAUGGGUCUCAGGAUGACGAAGAAGGAGUUGAGGCAAGGCUUGUCAAUUCAAGCCAAGUUAGACAAGCUGUGCCCUCACUUUGCGCACUCUAAGUACGACGAGGACAAAGGAAAUCGUUCUGAAGAGAGACAUAGUGCUGAAAGCAGUGACGAGCAUCUCGGUGGAAGUGGAAGUGAUAACAACGACCAAAGUGAUGACGCUGAUGAAAUCUCCGCACGUAACGAUUUAGAUGAUAACCAAGAUGACGCUGCAGACGGACGCGUACCUACUAAUGACAACAAUGAGGCAUCGAGCAAGAAUACCGGAGUAAUUGAACCCGACAAUUCGUUUGAGCCGACUCCACCCGAAAGUGCUCUCUGGACCACAGGAGAAGAGGAUGAGUUACUCCCCCUGUCUUCCAUGCUAGAGCUGCUUGGAACCACGACACACGACCUCUCACGGCAGUAA